GGGGCCUCGGCAGGAGGAUGGAGCCCCGCGUGCUCGGAAGUGACGAGCGGGCUCCUCCUGCCGCUGUGGGAGCAUAAGUGGGGCUGUACUGAGGCAGGGCGCCAUAGGGAGCACAGGGCAAAGGCCGGGGAGCGCCGCGGCGAUGCAGGUCCCGGUUUUCACGGUUGACGCCUUUACAAAGCGGCCGUUCUGUGGAAACCCCGCGGCAGUUUGUCUGCUCGACAAUGACUUGGAUGAAGAUUUGCACCAAAGAAUCGCGACAGAAAUGAACCUUUCAGAAACUGCCUUCAUCAGAAAACUGCGCCCUACGGAUGACUUUACCACAAGUUCCCGCUUUGGACUCCGAUGGUUCACCCCAGCCAACGAAGUUCCUCUCUGUGGUCACGCUACACUUGCCUCAGCUGCUGUUUUAUUUCACAUAAAAAAAAACCCAAACUCAGUUCUUACGUUUGUGACCCUGAGCGGGGAAUUGAAAACAAGACAAGAGAAGGACCAUAUUGUGCUGGACUUGCCGCUUUACUCAACCUACCCACAGGCACUUCAGGAAGUAGAAGAAUUAAUAAAGGCUGCCACUGGUGACAUGAAGGUUCAAGAUCUCCGUUAUUCUCCUGACACAAAGAAACUCCUGGUCCGCCUCAGUGAUGCUUAUGAAAGGUCUGUGCUGGAAGAGCUGCAAGUGGGCGCACAGAGUUUUCUGUCAGCUGAAAAAACUGGCAAAGUGAAAGGACUCAUCCUCACUCUGAAGGGAAAGUCCAAUGGAAAAGACAAAGGCCAUGAUUUUUACUCCAGAUAUUUUGCACCUUGGUACGGCGUGCUGGAAGACCCCGUUACAGGAUCUGCCCAUGCUGUUUUAAGCAGCUACUGGUCAGAGCAGCUGGGAAAGAAAGAAAUGCUUGCUUUUCAAUGUUCUCGACGUGGAGGAGAGUUGAAGAUUUCACUUCGUGAUAAUGGAAGAGUUGAAAUUGCGGGACAAUUUUCUAUUGUAUUAAAAGGAAACUUGACUUUAUGAAGAAACUGACACUAACAGUGUCAUGUAUCACACCAUUACAUUACUCAUAUUGUGUUGAUUAUAUCUUAGUUUUAGGCAGUGAACUACUGCUGUCCUCAAUAAUCUUUGAUUACUUACUGUCCAUUUUUAAAAGUUCCUUGAAAAUGUUCACUUUCAAUCUUGAAGACCCCUGAUAUUGUUUCCUUAAUUUUCAUCUCAGGAUUUCCUGUAUAAACUGAUCUCAGAAACUGUCCAAGGACAGCUCUCUUAUUUUUCUGCUCUUAAAUAAUUCUUUUUUUUCCACAUUAAAAGCCACUUGACCUCCUGGAUUGAUUUAUAAACUUCUUUAUGUGAUAAAACAAUCAAACUGACUAUAAUCAGCUUCCUAUCCCUGCCACUUUUGAAAUGAUUCUUAUGUUCAUUGAUUUGCUUGUAUUAAAACAUAAAGGAAAUAUAAAAGGUUUAGAAAUGUAGCUCUUUUAUGAACAGUGCUUUUCAUGUGUCGAUGUUAUUGCUGUGACUUACAGUACUUAGUACUUAGUACUGACAUAGUGAUACCCUGAGGACUGUUAAAAAAUUGAAAAAAAAGUUGUUAUUGGUUUACUAUAAUGUCGGUUACUUUUGAAGGACCAAUGAUUUACUCCUAAAUUAGAAGUUUCUUCUCUAAUGUUCUGCAGUGAGCAUGCUGCUUCAGAUGUCAAUUUUUCAUUUAUUGUUCUUAUCUUUCUCUGGGUUUAUUAGGAAUACAUGAAGUAACUGAGUUACUUCAGCUGAAGUUCUGUUUUUCUUUUCAGAUCACUUUUUUCCUAAACUUGGUAUUAAUUCCUUAAUAGAGUCCAAUCCCCUUCUAAGGCAGGUUCUUGAUAGUGUCUUGCACAGGAAAGCAUCCAUGUGGGUCUUGGUUAUCUUCACAGAAGGACAUUCCACAACCUCUCUGGACAGCCUGUUCCAGUGCUCUGUCAUCCUCAUGGUAACAAACUUCUUUGUCAUGUUCAGAUGGAGCUUCAGAUGUUCCAGUUUGUGCCCUUUGCCUCUUGUCCUGUUGCUGGGCAUUGCUGAAAAAUAAAGAAUCGUGUUUCUUGACUUCAGAGGUGUUGUCACAGUAUGGGAACAGUUGAAUCUUAUAUACAGUCCUUUAUAAAUGCUGAGGAACUUAGUUGUGCCAAAUUAUUGUAGUUUCAGCUAUUUUGAAUUUUAACACAACUUUUAACUCACUGAAGCCCAAGUAUCUGGGGGCACAUAACAACUUGAAAAUCCUCGGACUUAUUUAAAACAUAAGUUCCUUGUUAUUGUUGCUGUAGAGGACUUAUUAUGUGAUUUAAAUGCACCACAAAGCUUAAGAACUAGGUGGCAAGAAAUCUCCACAUUGAAAUAUAUGUUUUUCUGUAUUCAGGCUAGCUGAAGUUCAGGGACCUGAUGUACAGUUUAUGAAUAUGGAAUCAUUGGAGGCCAGGAGCUGCAGCGGAGGCAGUUCAACAUCAGUGUUGCAGUGGCAUAUUUUGCAGUCACCUUGACCUUGUCUUCUCAUAAAGCAAAUCACCACUUUCCAUUUAGUGCCUUAGACCCGCUUAAGCCCCUCUGCAAGCUUGUUUUGCUGCAUUUGCUCCUUUAGUCUGGUUUAUAAAAGCUUGGGUCUAGUCCAUUGUCUGAGAUGCUUUCAAAAAAACAACCCACCUCUUUAAGAAUAUAAAUGAUCUAAAAAAGCAAUUAUUGUUCAUCUGUUGACAUUUAACAAAUAGUACUUUUUUUUCUUUUCUUUCCUUUUUUUUUUUUUUUUUUCGUUUUCCCAGGGGGCCUAAUAAUGAACAAAGGCUGGGAAAUUUUAUAUAUCUCUGCUAUCUAAAUUUCCUGACUAAAUGAAUAAACUUGCUGCUUAAUGCAUUUUUUUUAAUGCUUUACUACUACUUAGUCUCUUUCAGUUCUGGAUAGAAAAAUCACCAGAGCUCAGGUGGGAAACUAUGCAGUAAUGUGCUUUUAAUCAACAGAUUAGUUAAUCAGCCAUGAUUAAUUAAUGAUGAAUUAAUUAUACCUUAUUGUGCAGUUCUGCUGCCUAAAUUGAGCUUUAAAGGAGUUAUUUUAUUAAUCAUCAUUGUGCUAAUUGCAGACACUUACAGAAGGAUCGCUAAUUAAACAUGCAGCCAUAUGCAAAGCAAGCAAGGCUGCUGAGCGUGGCAAGAAAAAGAGCAUUGAUUUUCUAAGUAGCAACUUUAUUGUAAUGAAAUAUUGUACAGUUGACCUGGUGAUCCUAAUUACUCACUACGACUUAUUUUAGCACAUUGCACAUUUUCAGUCAACGGUAAAUGAAAUUGGUUGUUGGAGCAAAUUUUGUCUGAUUUUCCUAAUGGAAAAAAUAGGUUGUGUGAACUUCAAACAAAGUUAGUUAGAAUUUGUGUGGUCUUGUUUCACACAGUCAUUCAAAGCUUUUGAGUAAAGUAGUUUUGCUUGUGGUAUAUCGUUAAUUAAACUUAACUUUGAAUGAGAUCCUGGAUGCUACUUGAAAGUUGCUGACUUACCAUGGUGCCAAAUGUAAUAUACACUGCACUUGAUAUGAGUACUGAAACUCAAAGAUACACAGGUUUUACGUCAAAAAGAGGAACACAGUGUUUAAGCUCAGUUCAUUUCUAAGGGCCAAAUUCAGCAUGGAAAGAGCAGAAAAGAGACAUUACUUACAGAUGGGUUUCUGUGAAGAAAAGUCAUCUUCAGGUUAAGCAGCACCAUCUGUAGAUCGUUGUGACUCAAUAGGGCAAGAAUUUCACGGAGAUGCCAUCAUUGUGAACUUCCUUCUUUUUGCAAGUUGUUAGGCCUUUCAUAUUCAUUAAAUACAACUUAAAAAACUUUUUUUUUUUUUUGGACCAACUAUAUGGUAUUCUUAAAAUUAUCAGUGUAAAACUCAAGUGUUUACUAUGCGACUUUCUGACACGGAAUCAUUACAAGGCAUUCCAUGUUUUGAAUAAAGACCUGGCUGGAUCCAGAAGUCAAGACAUGAAAAUUUAAGUGUGCAUUUGCUCACUUUACUUCAUUGUUGUGUGCUUCAGAGGUCCAGCUCAUGUAGGAGGUAGGAAAAUGUGCAUGACUUAGAGGAAGGGAGCAAAAUAAGAAAAUAAUCAAUUGAACAACAGAAACCAAUAACUCUACUGCUAUAGAAAUGAAUGUGUGGAUAAAAGGGAAGAAAGAAAAACAGAAAGCCAGUUUUAUAUGUAGUAAGCCUUUUAACAGUUCUUCUUUAAGGAUUCAUGAAAAUCCUUUGCAUUUCUUCUGUGUUAUUUAGGUGAAAAUAGACUGCAUAUAUCAAAAAGUUUUUUUCUGAAAUUGGAACAUUUUGCCAAAAGUUGAAAUAGAACAUUUCACAAAUGUGUGCACAACAAGAGGCUGUAGACAGGAGCCAUGUGUUCACAAGGGAUAGGAAGGGAAAUCAGCAAUAGAUGAGAUGGUUAUUUCUGGGAAAUGAAAGAUUUCUUUGUCUCAGUACUCAUUAGAGUGACAGGGAAACAUACCAGAAAUAGAGGGAACCUUCCCAGGAGAAGGAAUGGAAAAUAGAAGAAAAUCAAUGGCGAUGAUGUAUUAAACGAAAAUUUAAUUAGUUUAAUUAAAACCUGAGAAAUACCCAAAUUAAGCAGUUUGAUUCUGUCUUCAGGAACUUAAUUUGUGUUUGCAGAGGUGUAGAUCUGUCUUAAAAUCAUUACCAAACUUAAACAAGAGGGCAGAACAAAGAAUUUACUUUGCUUGCUGAGUCACUGCCCUUUCUUUAAUUACCUUCUUUCCUUAUUUCUUCUUAAUUUUCCUUUAUUUUCCAUCUUCAUUUCCAAAAAGUUGCUGCACAUUCUAUUUGUAAAGCUUCAAAAGAAUGUGGAAAUAAAGUAACAUGAGAUACCAUCAUCCUCAACAGUAGGAAUGUGGGAGAAAAAUUGACCUGAGGUCAGUUGUAGCCUAUGAUGUUUAGACUUAGCAUCUGAAGCAGAGCACUACAACUUUGAAUUCUAAAUGUUUCUAAAUUCACUGGUUUCUGUAUAGAGAAAUUAAAUUUGCUAGUUGUGUUUUUCCCUUAUUCAUUGAUGGGAGAGAAUGUUACCUGGUUGCAGUGUCCUCAGUCAUAUACGAAUAAGUUUUAUGCACUUUC